AGGCAGAAGUGUCUGACAACUGGGGAAUUUCUCAAUGUGAUAAGGUGGUAUCUCUAGGAUUCCAUGAACCUCCAAAUAGUGUCUUCUGCAACACACUAAAAAUGCCUUUCUUGUAGGAUGGAGACCUUUGAGGACCACACGUGGUGCUCCCACAGCUACCACAGUGGGGACGACGACGAUGAUGACGACUACGAUGGAGGCAGUGGGCGACACCCUUUGGUCAAGAUACGAUCCCGGAGUAAUAGCCGCAGCCGUCACAACAACCAGAACCGCCGCCGCUCCUCCUUCCUGGUGGAUGAGCUGGACAUGCUGAUGGACAAGGCGGCUACCACCAUCCAGGCCGCCUACCGGGGCCACCUCACCCGCAAUCAACUCAAGGCCGAGCACGCUGCCGCCUCCACCAUCCAGGCUGCCUGGAGGCACUUCAUCACCAGGGAGUACCUGGCCCUGCAGAGGGGCCCAGUGCCGUCAGAUCAGAUGUAUGGCCGGCGGAGGAGGACCCCGUCUUUGGCCUCCUUGGAGGAUGUGAGGGUCCGACGGCCGCGGCGCUACUCCAUGGAGGACCGGGACCAUGCCGCGGAGGUCAUCCAGGCCCAUUACCGUGGCUAUGUGACCCGGAAGGCCAUCUGCGAGUGCCGUAAUGCAGCCGUCACUAUCCAAGCCCAUUGGAGGGGCUACCAAACUCGGCAGGAGUUGGCACAACGCGGUUAUCCACCUCCUAGCCCGCAGAAGAGGUAUUAUACCCCACCCACUUACGUUCCCGGCAGCACCGGAUGGAUGGGCCCUUACCCUCGGAAGCAUUGGCGCAAAGUGAUGGUAGGGGAACCCGAAGAGUGGGCAAGCAAAGGCGGCCGGGCUCCGAUACCCAAGCGGCAGAAAGAUCGCCUCAAAACGACACAGCCGAAGGUGUGCCCUCAGUGCGGGCAUUGCACCGGCGUCCGCGUCUUGGUAGGAGUGGGCAAGGGCCCGCCAUCCGAAUCGGACCGGGAUGAUGAGUGUGAAGGCCGCAUUCCCCGUCGCUGCCGACCAAAGCGUCUGCCCACCAAGACCUCGAAGAGCCCGGGACCGGCCUCGAGGGCUCACCAUUACCGUGCCCAAGUCUCCUACCAAACCAGCUCCAGAUCGUACUACUCGAACGUGGUGAGCGACGAGCAGCACCGGAGGCAAGGCCGGGACCCACAAAGGCUCACUCCAGGUCAAGUGACCACCAGCAGGAUCACUCGGGAGAGGACCACCGGACGGAGUUUCUCCUCCACCAGCCUCCAGCAGCCGGCCGCACCAUCACCGGGCACUUCCGAGUGGCUCUACGAGAACUACUGUGCCCGACGUAUGGGCGAAGGGCAGCGGCGGGUGUUCAAGACCCGUAAGCAGAUCUGGCAGGUGGCUCGGGCAGCCACCCUCAUCCAGUCCUUCUGGCGGGGAUGGAAGGUCCGGCGGGCAAUUGCCGCCCAGCAAGCGGCCGCCACCACCAUCCAGUCGGCCUACCGGGGGUACAAGACCCGCGUCUACCUCAUCGAGGCCGGAGUGCUGAGCGAAGGAGACACCGAGUGAAAAGAGGCGUCAAGAAAGGACCGUGGGGAGAAUAUAGGGCUGCCGUGCUCACCCAUGGAUCACUCUUCUUCUAUCCCCUUUUUCGUUACGACGAGAAGGGCUCACAUCCCAAUAAAUUAAUCCUAAUUGCAAAUGUGUCUGUGAUAGAAAUAUUACCGGUAAGUCAAGGAAAGAGAUGCUCAUAGAAGUGAGAAAGUCA